AACAGGUUAAGCAGGCUAUGUGGGAUGCCAUAAUGCAAGAAUUUUAUGUACCCGUAUCCGUCGACCAGCGCCUGGCACAGAAUGAAUUCUGGGGUGAUAUGGGCCGUAAGCACCGUUCGUGGAAGUCGAAGUUGAGGACCCAGCUAAAUAUUCGAGACGGUGACACGCCAUUGACAGUACGUGCGAGAAUGCCAGAGACGUUUUUUGAUAAGUAUGACCAAACGGAUGUGGAGGACGUACUGCACGAGUGGUGCACAAAAGUAAAUGUGGAGAGGUCUGAACGAAUGAAGCGGCUGCGGGAGCAGCAAGACAUCCCCCAUAGUCUGGGGUCCAAAAGUUAUGCCAGAUUUAAUCACGAUGAGGUAUGGAACAAUAUGUAAAAACCCUAAUUCUUAUUUGUGCGUAAUUGUUCUUUCUUAACGUUAAAUGAAUAUCCAAUGUUUGUUAUAUAUUUAUACUG